AUGUCCGUGCAGCAGCCCGCGUGGUCUGUCCCGAAGAAGGAGACCGAGGAGCCGGUUCUUCGAGUGUACAAUUCUUUGACGAAGACAAAGACUGAAUUUGUUCCCCGUAACGGUCGCCAUGUCAAGUGGUACAACUGUGGCCCUACAGUUUACGAUGCUUCGCAUAUGGGACACGCGAGAAACUACGUGACCCAGGAUAUUUUACGAAGAAUUAUGACGGACUAUUUUGGGUAUGAUGUGCACUUCGUAAUGAACGUAACAGACAUCGACGACAAGAUUAUAGAACGAGCACGUCAAAACCACCUUCUCGAAACCUUCAUCUCGCAAACGGAUGCCCUUACACCUGCCCUAUUGGCCAAAAUCCGCGAUUCUUGGAAGAGCUAUGUUCGAACACGCGUUAGCAAAGGUGUUCCCGUGGUGCAGAAGGUCGCCGAAGGAAAUGAAGAUGCGGCAUGGUCGAAUAUAUCACAAAGUUACCAGACGGCUGAAUGGAAGCACGAGUGUCUGAAAAGAGAUGAGAAAUUCGACAUGCACUAUUCUUCUGCGCGGCGGUCUCUGGAGGCAAUUACCACUGCCCAAUCGCUGUUGGACUCGGGAAAUACGAGUUCAGGAGCUGCACAUGGGCUGAUCGAGGCUUCGAAGGAUAUUCUUGUUUUGUCGCUCGAUGCAGAGUACAAAUCCACGGUUACGGACCCCGCCAUCUCGCGAAAGCUGGCUGCUUACUGGGAAGAAACGUUCUUCCGGGAUAUGGCGCGGCUGAGAGUUCGCGAUCCGGAUACAGUCACAAGGGUCACCGAAUAUGUUCCGGAAAUUGUGUCAUUCGUGCAAGGCAUCAUCGCAAACGGCUAUGCGUACGAGUCGGAAGGAAGCGUCUAUUUUAGCACUUUGGCGUUCGACGAGGCUGACGGUCAUGACUACGCGAAACUGGAACCAUGGAGUAAAGGGAACCGAGAACUGCUGGAAGAUGGAGAAGGCUCUUUGGCAAGCAAGACAGGGAGGCGUUCACCUUCUGAUUUCGCCUUAUGGAAAGCUUCCAAACCUGGAGAGCCUUCUUGGCCUUCUCCAUGGGGUCCAGGACGCCCAGGAUGGCACAUAGAGUGCUCUGUUAUGGCCAGUGCCAUCUUUGGCGACAACAUGGAUAUCCACUCUGGUGGCAUCGAUCUCGCCUUCCCUCAUCACGACAAUGAAAUAGCUCAGUCUGAGGCAUACCACAACUGCAACUCCUGGGUCAACUAUUUCCUACAUACAGGACACCUACACAUUGAAGGCCUGAAAAUGAGUAAAUCGUUGAAGAAUUUCAUCACGAUUGACGAAAUACUCCAAAAGUUCACGCCUCGUCAGCUCCGCCUUGCCUUCUUGACACAACUAUGGAACGCCAAAGUAGAUUUCUCGGAGUCUCUGAUGACAGGAGAAGUUCGCAACCUUGAGACAACAAUUAACAACUUCUUCACCACUGUCAAGGCUCUCGUUAACCAAGCAAGUGCCAAUGCAAUGAUCUCGGACGGCUAUCAUCACUUUGAACAGCCUGAACAGGAGCUGCUAUCCAGCCUCUAUCGUAGCCAGUCAGCGUUCAGAGAAGCACUCUGCGAUUCUUUCAACACUCCUGCGGCCGUUGAUGUCCUGCGUGAUCUUGUUUCACGGACAAAUGUCUACAUCAACUCGCGUGGGAAGGCUACAAACGUCAAAGCGGUUGAACACAUCGCUCGAUGGGUCGGCAUUCAAUUACGCAUGUUUGGCCUAGGUGAAGGCGAGAAAUCUGAACUUGGUUGGGGCCAAAUGGACGAAGACGGCGCCAGCGUCAACCGUGAAGAAGUCUUGAUGCCCUACCUGAGAACGCUGUCCUCGUUCCGUGAUAACGUGCGCCAGUUGGCCAUGACGAAGGGAGAAAGCGCAUUGAAGGACAUUCUCUCCUUGUGCGACAAGCUCAGAGAUUAUGACCUCGUGCCACUCGGCGUGGCGUUGGACGAUCAAGAAGAUGGCAAGGCCCUCGUGAAGCUGGUCUCCCCGGCGGAGCUCAUCAAAGCCCGUGAUGAGAAACGGGCACUUCAGGAAGCCAAAGCUGCCAGAAAGGCGGCGUCCGUCGAGGCUGAGCGUCAGAAGCGACUUCAAAAGAUUGAAAAGGGUCGAGUGUCCCCACGGGACAUGUUCAAACCGCCUCAUGUUCGAGAAGGCACUUAUUCCUCGUGGAGCGAGGACGGACUUCCACUGACUGACGGUGAAGGAAAGGAGCUUAGUAAAAACCGGAACAAGACGUUGCAGAAGGAGUUUACGAACCAGCAGAAACUGCACGAAGAGUUUCUGGCAUGGGAGAAGAGCAAGUCAUAG